AUGGACUCUGUGGAGAGUGAGCGGAUGUCUGUGCUCUUGUCCACAUACCUGGAGAGGAAGUUUACUGGAACAGAGGAGGUAAUGAACAUAAAGAGGAGGGCAAUGGUCUCACUUGAACAAUUGGAUAAUGAUGAUGUUUCAGAAACGAUUUUCACUGGCAGUUUUGGAGAAGGAUGUCAUCAAAUCGGGUCAGAUAUAGACAAAAUGCGUGUAAACAAGGAUAUAGCAGUAAUGUACCCUGAUCAGAGUAUUCCGCAACACCUGGCACACAAAGUCAUUUUGUACAUUAGAGAGGCAGACUGUCGACCUGGAUAUGUCCAUUUAGAGAUAGGUCAGCCAAACUCCCCGUCGCAUCCAAUCAUUUUCAAUUCAUUAGUUAGAAUAAGGAAUUCAUUGUUUGUUUCAAGUGAUAUUUACAGAGAGGACUUGGCUAGUGGUGCAACUACAGGGAAAAAUCUACAAUGGGAAACCAAUGGACCCAGUUGUACAUUUACUGAGAUAGGUGAUAAAGGAUUGAUGAUGAUUGAUAUUGUGAAUUGUUUUCAUUGUGACAGUUGGCCAAAGGAAGCAAAUGAAUGGAUUAAACGUUCACGUCUGUAUGGAUGGCCUCAUCAGACUUUGAUAGACAAGAUUGUAAACAAUGGAUGCCAUCUUGUUCCAGUUGGAGAUAAAUGCUCGACAGAUACAUUAUUACAAUGGAGAAUAUCAUUUGCAGCAGCAGAAAAAUCCUUAGUUCAUUCUUUUAGUCACAUUCAAGUCAAAGUAUACACAUUGCUGAAAUAUUUCUUAAAGCAAAUUAAACAGACAUUGAAAGAAACUAUUGGCGAUGAUGACAUCUUGUGUUCCUACUUCCUAAAAACAACCAUGUUUCAUGCAAUAGAGAAUUCAAGCCAAAUGUUUUGGCAAGACAAGAACCUUUUUUAUUGUUUUUGGUUUUGCUUCAACAUUCUGAUUGCAUGGGUCAAGGCAGGAAUCUGUCCCAAUUACUUCAUCAAUGCCAACAACAUGUUCCAGAGGAAAGUACAUGGACAAAAUCAACGAAUACUACUGGACAUCUUGGACAACUUCUGCCAGAUGAAAUGGAUGUGCCUCUCAGUAGGAAACAUCUUCAAACCUUCAAUAUGGGAGGAUCUGUGCAAUCCCUUCAUUCAGGCUGACCUUGUAUGCCCAAUGACAGCGCAAAGAAAUAUUAUGCAACAAGACAAGACAGCUCUUGAAUAUUUACCAUUUACAUUUGCCACAUACAGAACCAUCGAUAGGGCAAUAUACUUACUAUCUACAUCAAAAUCAGAUAUUGAUGAAUUAUGCACAUACAAACCUGCUAUGGACAGUCUGAGAUGUCUUGCAUUAAAACUGUUCUCUAAAGAUCUGCCUGAAAACAGGAGUGCACCAGAAAACAAGACACGGUACCGGAGACUGAGGAAAUGUAAGUACUGGAUGACUCCAAACGCUUUGUUCGGCACAGAUGUGUUGUAUUUGGCAACUUUUCAUUUUCUGACUGGAAAUUUUG